UGCAACAUCAUAUCCACAGCUCCGCGUCCUCAUCCGCAGUCGCCUUUUAUGCACCAGCGAAAGGAGGAGGAGGAGAAGAGCGCCGGAGAUCCAGCUCUGCUUUGUCUUUAAAAACAAAACAAACAAAAAAAAUCUCCAGAAUUGUUUGGAUUUGUCUUUAUUUGGAGCUUCUCACUCCUUCCCGACUGGACUAUUAAUUACUACGUGCGCCAGGAGGAGAUGAGAAUUGCAUCCUGAAAACCACAUCUUGCUAAAUGCCACUUUAGAGUGAAGACGUGCGAGGCACCAGCCGACACAUGGAGUCCAGGGUUCCCCACCACAUCCCCGGAGUGUCCUCUUCCAUCAUAUCCCAGCCCCUGCUGGACAGUCGAGUGCCCUACGGUCGUCUUCAACAUCCGGUCGCCAUUUACCCCAUAGACCAGAUCAAGUCUUCGCAUGUGGAGAAUGACUACAUCGACAGCCCUGCCAUCGUCGCUCAGCAGCCUCUGAGCCAGAAGUCUGCGAAUCGAAGGAUCACCUGGCUGGGUCAGAACCAGGAGGCGUUCCUCGGGGCAAACCACAACCAUCACCACAAUCAUCAACAUCAGGCCCAGCAGCAGGGCAGGUGUGAGCCUCACACGCACCAGGAUACCACCACCCACCCUUGGAUUUCCUUCAGCGGAAGGCCCAGCUCUAUAAGCAGCAGCAGCAGCACCUCGUCUGAUCAGAGGCUGCUGGACCACGCUGCGCCCGUGCCAACAGUGGACCACCACCACCACCAGGGCCCCAUCAARACAAUCACAACCCGAACUCCUGGGUGCCUCUCUUCCUCUGAAUCUAAAGCCCUCACUUCUUCCUCCUCUGCUUCUUCCUGCUCCUCUUCCUCAAAAUCACUAGACCUCAAGUCUGCUAAGGUUCCCGCUGGAGGAGUGUGCUCCAACAGGGGUCAGCAAGGGUUGGCGUUGAUCCCUUCCUCCCCAACCGAGAAGAAGCACCUGCUUCUCUGUGAGCACUGUGGGAAGUGUAGAUGCACGGAGUGUACACUCCCCCGAACCUUACCUUCUUGCUGGGUGUGUAAUCAGGAGUGCCUGUGCUCUGCGCAGAGCCUGGUGGACACAGCCACCUGCAUGUGCCUGGUCAAAGGGAUCUUCUACCACUGCACCGAGGACGAGGACGACGAAGGCUCCUGCGCCGACAAGCCCUGCUCGUGUUCCCAGGCUAACUGCUGUGCACGCUGGUCCUUCAUGGCUGCCCUCUCCAUGGUUCUGCCAUGCCUCGUCUGCUAUCUACCAGCCAUGGGUCUGGCCAAACUGGGACAGAAAUGUUAUGACAAUGUUAGCAGGCCCGGCUGUCGCUGCAAGAGCACGCAGGGUGGCGUAUGCGUCCCUGUUAGUAAAACUGGAGGUGUGGAAGCAAAGGUUGGGACAGAAAAGAACCAGCAGGGGUCGUGAUAGUGGACUGAACUGUAUGGCCGUGACCUUACUAGAAUGUGGACAGGACCACACAGUGCUUACUCACUAUGGACUGGACAAUCCAACACCAACCCAUUAAACUACCCCAUUAAUCUGCUGGAAGAUGACUUGUGUAAAACAAAAGGUACCAAUGUUUAAUAGUGUGGAUGGUCAAAAUGGGCCAACUGAGAGAGGUAGCUAGUAGAAAUAGCUAACAGGCCUUCUGACAUGUUUUUUUAUUUAAUUUUUAUGUUUUGUAAGAGUGACAAGAACAGACUAGAUUGUGGAACUGGCGUUUGUGAUCUGCAAAAGUGGAUGACGGCACAAAGUCAUUGUACCUCUCUGCUGCUCAAUAUUUUUCAGCUAAUUUCGAAACACUAACUAAACAGGAACUGGUUGAUAAUCCUCAUAUUACUUCAAAAUAAAAAAAUGGUAUUUGAUCCCACCCAUCUCCCCAAAAGCACAGCCCGGUGUCAAGCAAGAAAAUAUCCAGUAAUCUAGAAAAUACUGUGGCAUUAUGAUAGGCCAUGUGAUGAUUACCGUCUUCUAAUGUUGCCAUUUCUUCCUCUAAAAAUGCUAGCUUGCUAAUAUUUGAUCUCUAGGUUUUAUUUCCAUGAAGGAGCUGUGAAAACAACCCCUUCCUAGGCGUUAAAAUGACAGUAAUUUUCCCAUAAUUUUCACUCAUGUAAGCAGUUGUGCUUCAAGUGAAGGAUAAUCACGUUGCAGUUCGUUUUCUAUUUCUGGGUGGUUGAUCUUAGACAUUCUGAGAUAUUUUUUGAAUGCUGUUCACCAAUCACCUUAGAUGUAAUGCAUGUCACGAUCUGCAUGCUCUAGUAUAAUGGUUACCCACCGUGCUAGAAGUGGAUUUGUAGUAGAGAAAUGUGUAAAAACAAAAAUCAAGCAAACGUAAAACAGAAAAGAAAAAUAAUAAAACCCAACCACUCAACCUUCUCAGGGAUUGUAAACUUCUCUUAGAACUUGGCCUACUGCAUGUUGAGUCCUGAACUGCCUAAGAGCCUGAUCUGCUUCCUCUUUGCACAGAAGGGCAAAGAAACAUUUAGGGGCAACAAAGAAAAUAGGCAAUCGUUAAUCAAUUAAAAUAGGUAAGCUAAGUGAGAGUGGGCUAGGAAGUAACGUUUUCGAAGGGAUGCAGGUGAAGAGGUUUAGCGGAGCUCCUGUGGUCUCUGUAUCUAGUCAGCCUUUGUUCAAAUCCAACCUGCCACUUGCACAACCUUUAUAGGAGAAAAGCACAGUAUUAACCACCUCAGCUAUCCUAUAUUCCAAUGGCCUACAUUGCAUUUAGACCACAGCGCUCCACCCACCUCUACACACACCCGUGUCUUCAUGAAAUUCAAAUCAGUAUGCUGCAAAGCUGAAUGAGUCAGAUAGCCUUUUAUUCUUGAAGUCUAUUUUUGUGGCUUGCAUGAUGUUCUUAGGAUUUUGCCAAAGGAAGCUAUUAUACAGUAGCAUUUUAUUUUUCGCAGUCUGAGUGAUCACAACUGGUAUGCACUCUUGCCAAACGGAGUUGACAGCAACUAAAGGUGAGCAGCCCUUUAAAUUUGGCAUCAAGGCAUAUCGGCUUCGUCGCUCCCCGAAACAUGUCUCCCUUUCAAGUUGGACCCCUUAUCUUCCAUUCGGGUGCCUAACUUUGCUCAUAAUCAUAUUUGUCUUGUUGCACAAAGCUGGAAUCGUGAAAGGAAAAGUGAAAAACAAAACAGUUCUUAUUUUUCUUUAUUUUAUUUAUUUUUUGGUGAAUGUGUGAGGCAAUAUCUCAGAACCUAGCAAUUCAGUCCGAGAGAAAGGUGCCAAAAGUGAGAACGAGCGAGCAGAGGCCUAGUAAAAGUCACAAAUGUUUUGACAAUUUAGUAAUAGAGCUAUGCAGGUGAAAUGUUCUUUGCUGUAAAUAGUUUCACAACAUUUGUGUUCCUUAGAAGAGACUUUUAAAUGUCCUUGAAAGAUUGCAUGGUACCUUAUAACUACGAUUCAGUACAAAAUAUAUAGAGAAUAUAUUAGAUAUAUAUUUUGAGGUUAAGAAUAAUAUGUUUUUUUCUUUUUUUUUUUCUUAUUUUUUCGAGGUUGCGAGAAACCGUUAAAAGGACUGUGGUGGGUUGAGGGUUUGACAAUUAAAAAUUCAAGUUUUCUUAUCGCUUGCACUUGAUUUAGAAAAGUGUGCCCGGCAAUAAAAUAGAAGAAGAAGAAGAAGAACCUGCUGUUUCUGCUAUCCGUGGCUCAUUAGCAGUCGAGAGGUUAAGCUAACUCCCUCUGUGAGUCCUGAAGACUGUGGACUCAUUGAAUCCACACAAGGAACACAGUCAAGCCCUUUUCUUGCGGUUACUGCUCAGUGUCAGAGCUCCUUUCUCCUUCUCGCUUUUCUUCCUUCUUCUCUUCCCUCCUUUCUUCCGC